UUUUUUUUUUUUGGCCACGCAUGAAUUUUUGGAUGAGACGAGUGGGCUUAAUUGCCCCCUCUCUCCCAUUGCAUGAACCCUGUUUCCGUAGUAUGCUCUGCCAUCAGCGCCAUCUAUUUAAUAUAUACAGACAAAUACUUGAAAUGCAUCUGUACAAACAAUAUUUAUUCAAACCACAAACAGUGGCUGCAUAUUCCGAACAGGAUUUUAUUGUCAAGUUCUGGUCGUAUGCUUUUGAAGAGGUUUUUUCAGCAACGGUGGCCUGUGCCUGCACUGGGAUACUCACCCGAAAAAAGCAAACCAAGGAAGCAAUGAAAAUGAAGACUGCUUUGCCAUUCAAUGAAUACGAAGCAGUCUGAUUCAUCUGUUGCCUAGUUUGCUAAAAAGGGCCAUACCAAGCAAACUGUACAAUGAUAAACUGAAAGAAGUUCUCAUAUCAAAGUUUCAUUUGAAUAAUGCACUUCUUUCUGGUCUUUCACCAGCCAAUGCUAUUAUUCCGUUAAUUCAAAUCAUGGGUUUCAACUGCCAGUUGAAUGUCCUAAGAUACGUCGAAGGAUUUUACAUUUUAGAAAAUGUUUAUUCUGUCUUCUUCCCCACCACUCACCACGAUAUAAGGGAUAAUGGUGUUGUAUCCAAGAUACAACUAUACGUCUUAAGCUACAGAACGACUUCAGUACCUGCUUUAUCAUUCUCAUGAUAGUUUUAGUUCAGUUGUAUUAAUAGUUGAAUACCCGUUAAUAACC